GUCAACAAUUAAACGUCACAUACAAGUUCAACUUCCACCUUCAUAUGAAAAUUAGGAAAGAUGAAUUUGUUACCAAAAACCCAUGAAGAAUUCAGUCAAGUGGAAUAUUGGAAUACGUUUUUUAAGAAACGUGGUAAAAAGAAUUUUGAAUGGUAUGGAGAAUAUCCAGAAUUAUACAGCAUUCUCUCGAAGUACAUAAAAAUAAAGGAUAACAUUUUAAUAGUUGGCUGUGGCAAUUCCACAGUCAGCAUGUGUCUGUACGAUGCUGGCUACAGGAAUAUUAUUAACGUCGAUAUAUCGCAUAUUGUUAUCAAACAGAUGUGCGAUAUUAAUGGAUCUGUGAGGCCAGGGCUAGUUUACGAACAGAUGGAUGCCACCCAAAUGACAUAUCCCGAUGAUAUGUUCAAUGUUAUUUUAGACAAAGGUACUUUAGACGCCCUUAUGCCAGAUGCCAAAGAAAACACAGUAUCUACUAUUAAUAAAUAUUUUAAGGAAAUCACAAGAGUCUUACGUAACGGUGGCAGAUACAUAUGUAUCUCGUUGCUACAAGAGCAUAUCCUAAAACAGCUUAUAUCCUAUUUUCCAAAUGCUGGAUUUAUGUUUCGUAUAGUACGUUGCCAUGAGGCAGAAGAGAAAGCGAAACUCGAAGAAGGAAGCUCGAUACCGGUUUUCGCAGUGAUUGGAACCAAAUUCACGAACCUGCCGCAAACUAUCUUAGAGUUAGCGUUAGUCGGCGGUACUCUAAAACGUAUGUCAUCGGCGGACGAGAUGAUCUCAGCCGUGUCGUCGAUACAGCAGUCCACGUUCAUUUGCAACAGCUUGCAGAAACGUAGCGUCGCUGACAUAGGCGAAAUUUCAUUAGACUUGUACCGCCCCGACGAUAAACAUCCGCGUUACACGAUUCACGUUUUGGACCAGCCUAGGAUACGCGGUACGAAAAGCUACGCAGCUUUCAUAGUACCGCAAGGAAAAGAAACGGAUUGGCUGUUCUGUACGAAGGAAGGUAGACAGCAGGUGUUGAAGAGUGCUCAACGGGACAGACUCGCUAUCGUCACUCUCUGCAGAGAUCACAAAUUCGAGAGCUGGGACGCGGUGAAAAGCGAGCUCGAGGAUUGUAUCUUGAAUCUAGCUCCCGAAGGUUUAUCUGGGAAAUGCGACAUUCCAUUUCUCUCGUUGGGCACGGACGUCGGAGUUAGGACGAAAUGUUACGAAGGGAAAAGUGAAUUGAGCGGUCCUUUUGUCGUGGAAGAGAUUGAAAAAGAUGGUAGCGAAUUCAGAAGAUUGAUCUUUCUGAAUAAUCCGUACGUCAUUCAAAGCGAAGCUCGUCUCAAGCAAGCUAAAUCUAGGCGCGGUAAAAUGAAAAAGAUCAUCGAUCCCGGUUUCUUAGCGUGCGAUCAUCAUUUGUACAUGAGCAUCGGCGUUAAUAGCGCGAUAAAUCCUAAAGAAAGCGAUGAAAUAAUGAUCGUAGGCUUAGGCGGCGGCGGUUUAUGCACAUUCUUGUACCACUGCUUUCCCAAGUUAAGGAUUAUCGCAGUCGAGAUCGACGAGAUGAUGUUGAAAGUCGCUACCGAUUAUUUCGGGCUGAUCCUCGACAACAGAAUGAAAGUGGAGAUCGCGGAUGGCAUACAGUUCAUCAAAGAGAAUACGAGGAACGGGAAAAAGUACAAGGCUGUACUCUUCGACGUAGAUAGCAAGGAUACUACUAUCGGAAUGAGUUGCCCGCCGAAACAGUUUCUCGAGAUGCCCGUAAUAAAAUCAGUCGCCGAAUGUUUAACAGACGGUGGAUUGUUUAUUUUGAACUUGGUCAGUCGUGAUCGAAGUAUCAAGAAGAAAGCGAAGAGCGAUCUUAAAUGCGUGUUUAAAUCGAUGGCGAGCUAUUCCGUGCAGGACGAAGUGAACGAAGUGAUGAUAUGCUCCAUAGACGAGAUCGACGGCCCUGAAUGGAAACGCAAAUUGCAAACAGCUGCAGCUACUUUAAACGAGCAAGUAUCCGCGAGGAAGCUAUUGAGCAACGCGGAUACGUUCGACCUGUCGUCUUUUGUAGAGAGCCUAUGUAUAGAAUGAUCUGUGUGUGCGAAUAUUUGUAAAUCUGAACUUUUGUAAAUAAAAUUCUGUAAAUUUUUUAA